UGGAAAUUCAUCGACGCAGUCACACCGGGGAAAGGCCGUUCAUCUGCUCCGUAUGUGGGAAGGGAUUCACUCAGUUAUCCAGCUUACAUACCCACCAGCGAAUUCACACUGGGGAGAGACCAUUUAAAUGCCCAGAUUGCAGGAUGUGCUUUAAAAGCUCCGGGGAACUGAUGUCCCAUCAACGUGUUCACACUGACGAGAGACCGUUCAUAUGCACUCGCUGCGGAACUGGAUUCAAACGAUCAUCUCAGCUCACUGCCCACCAGCAAGUUCACACUGGGGAGAGACCGUUCAUUUGCUCUGAAUGUGGGAAGGGAUUCACUCAGUUAUCACACCUGCUGACACACCAGGGAGUUCACUCUGAUGUGAGAACUUUUAAAUGUUCUGACUGUGAAAAGAGCUUUCAAAGCAGCAGUGAUCUGCUGAGACACCGACGCACUCACACUGGAGAGAGGUCAUUCACCUGCUCCGAAUGUGGGAAGGGAUUCCCAGAUACCUCCAAUCUGAUUAAACACCAACAAAUUCACAGUGGCAAGAGACCAUUCAUCUGCUCUGAGUGUGGGAAGGGAUUCACUCAGUCAUACCACCUGCUGUCACACCAGCAUACUCACACUGGGGAGAGGCCAUUCAUCUGCUCCGAGUGUGGGAAGGGAUUCGCUCGGUCAUUCACACUGUUGAUACAUCAGCGCACUCACACUGGGGAGAAGCCGUACACCUGCUCAAAGUGUGGGAAGGGAUUCAGUGUGUCAACCACCCUGCUGGCACACCAGCGAGUUCACACUGGGGAGAGGCCGUUCACCUGCCCCGACUGUGGGAAGAGAUUCAUUUGGUCAUCUCAUUUGCACAGACACCAACGCACUCACAGUGGGGAGAGGCCGUUCACGUGCUCUGUGUGUGGGAAAGGAUUCACUCGGUCAUCCCACCUACUGAGACACCAGCGAGUUCAUGACACCAUGGAGAAACCAUGGAAUUGUGGGGACUGUGGAAAAGGAUUCAACUUCCCAUAUCAACUGGAAACUCAUCAACGCAGUCACACUGGGGAGAGGCCAUUCACCUGCUCCGAGUGUGGGAAGGGAUUCACUCAUUCAUCCUCCCUUCAGACACACCAGCGAGUUCACACUGGAGAGAGGCCAUUCACCUGCUCCGUGUGUGGGAAGGGAUUCACUAGUUCAUCCCACCUACAGACGCAUAAGCGAGUUCACACUGGGGAGAGGCCGUUUACCUGCUCUGAGUGUGCAAAGGGAUUCAGUGAUUCAUCCAACCUGCUAAUGCACCAGCGAGUCCACACUGGGGAGAGGCGAUUCACCUGCUCUGACUGUGGGAAGAGUUUCACUCAGUUAUCCCAUCUGCAGUCACAUCAGCGAGUUCACACCAGGGAGAGACCAUUUACCUGCUCUGAGUGUGGGAAGGGAUUCAGUGAUUCAUCAAACCUGCUGAGGCACCAGCGAGUUCACACUGGGGAGAAACCGUUCACCUGCUCCAAGUGUGGGAAGAGGUUCACUGAUUCAUCUAACCUUCUGAUGCACCAGCGAGUUCACAGUGGGGAGAGACCAUUCAUCUGCUCUGAGUGUGGGAAGGGAUUCAGUGAUUCAUCCAACCUGCUGAUGCACCAACGAAUUCACACUGGGGAGAGACCGUUCACCUGCUCUACAUGUGGGAAGGGAUUUAGUCGGUCAUCCCACCUGCUGAUGCACCAGCGAAUUCACACUGGGGAGAGGCCAUUCACCUGCUCCGAGUGUGGGAAGGGAUUCAGUGAUUCAUCCCAUCUGCUGACACACCAGCGAGUUCACACUGGGGAGAGACCGUUCACCUGCUCCGAGUGCGGGAAGAGAUUCCCUGAUUCAUCCAAUCUGCAGAAACACCAGCGAGUUCACACCGGGGAGAGGCCGUUCACCUGCUCUGAGUGUGAGAAGGGAUUCACUCAGCUAUCCCACCUGCUGACACACCAGCGUGUUCACACCGGGGAGAGGCCGUUCAGCUGCUAUGAGUGUGGGAAGAGAUUCAGUAAUUCAUCCAAUCUGCGGACACACCAGAGGGUUCACACCGGGGAGAAGCCAUUCACCUGCUCGGAGUGCGGAAAGGCAUUUACUCGGUCAUCACAGCUGAUGCGACACCAGGGAGUUCACAAGUGAUUACAGGGGUUGGAUUCUGCUGUUAUUGCUGCUGUUAUUCACAUCCAGGACUGAACCAUGUUCAUUCUAAUAGUUGGUGAAGUGGGACAGUUGAAGGGUUUCUUUCUGCUGGACUGGCCAAUCUGUCAACUUUGCUUCCAGGGGACUGAUGCUCUUUGAACCUGGGAGGGCACAUUUCCACUGAAAUGACCCACAAAAGCUGACGAAAGACCCAUAUUUUAUCCUGGGUAGUAAACUGUGUUUUUCCUACCACUACAGACAGAUCUGAAAUAAAUACAUUUGUUUUUGUUCCAUUGAGUCUACAGCACAUGGCCAGGCCAGUCAGCUCAAUUAGCCUAUGUCAGUAUUUAUGCUCCACAUGAGCAUUCACCCACUCUCUUCAUCUCCCCCCAUCAGCAUAUCCUUUUAUUCCUUUCUUCCUCAUGCAUGUAUCUAGCUUCCCCUGAAAUAUUUUCAUGCUGUUCACCUCAACCACUCACUAUGGUAUUGAGUGCCACAUUCUCACCACUCACUGUGGAAAGAUGUUUCUCAUGAAAUCCCUAUUGGAUUAUUGACCCCCUUCAUAACCUUAAAGACUUCCAUCAGCUCACCCUUCAGUCUUCUCUUUUCUAGAGAAAAGCAGCCGCAGACUUUCGUGAGGGUUAAAUGCUCUCAGUUCUGGGAUUUUUCUUGUGAAUCUUUGGUGCCCCUUCUCCAGUGCCUCUAUUUCCUUUUUCUAAAUGAAGAUCACAAAUGUUGACAGUCCUCCCAAUGUAGUCUAACCACGGUUCAAAACAAGUUGAACAUAACCUCCCUGCUUUUCAUUUCUGUCCCUGAUAAAGAACCCUAAAUAUGGGCUCAAAAUGUAAGGAACGAUGUGUGGUUCUUAGAGAGGGUGCAGUGGCGAUUUACAAGAAUGGCACCAGAGAUGAGGGAGUUCACUUUCUUGGAGAGACUGGAGUAACUGAAAUUUCUCUAUUUAGAUCAGUCAUUAGGGCAGAGAAAAGGAGGCCAUUAGGCCCAUCAAGUCCAUUCUGGCUCUCCUUAGAGCAAAUCAGUCAGUCCCAUUGCCCCGUUCUAUCCCCAAAUUUCCUUUUGAAAUCAUUCCAUCAUCCCUGUUUCUACCACCCUCACCGAAAGUGGGAUCCACAUCAUUACCACUCGCUUUCAAUGCACACGAGGCUCACAGAAGGAGGCCAUUCAGCCCAUCGUGCCCAUGCAGCCCUUUGAAAGAACUACCCUAUUAAUCCCAUCAUCCUGUCAUUUUCUUUUCCUUUCAAGACUCUAUCCAGUUCCCUUUUGAAAGACAGAGUUGAAUCUGCUUCCUGCACCACUUGCAGACAUCAGAUUGCAAAUCACAAUCAUUCGCUGUGUUUUAAACCAAAUAACCACAAUGCUGUGUGAAUUUUCACAGAGCAUUCGAGAUGGUGUUAAAAACCAUGUUAAUACACAAAAUUAAGGCUUAACCUUUAUCAAUUAUUUUGAAUAUAUCCAAAUUUGUGGAGAAUUAGAAAAAAAAAUUGCACUUCUUUAGCAUCUCUCUCGACCACAGAAAGUCAUAUGAACAUAAGAAUCAGCAGCAGCUGUGGCCACUCGGCCCCUCGAGCCUGCUCUGCCAUUCAAUAAAAUCAUGGCUGAUCUCAUUGUAACCUCAACUCCACAUUCCUGCCUACCCCCGA